UUAGCAACCAAUCAUAAACCCCGUUCUUACUCAUAGGUGUGUCUUCUGGAGCAUAGACAGCUAGCACCUCCGUUGUGGACAUAACAACAAGCACAGCAAGACUCCAUGAUCAAAAGUAAACUCACAUCAUUACAAACGAAGCGACCCGAAAAUCAACAUUCUCUACUCCAUUGCCCAGUGACAGCCGAACUGAAAAGUGUUUAUUUAAAAGGGCUAAAGUAGCUGUAGCAAGCUGAGAAUUAUUGACUGGACGGGAUUAACAAGUAAAGGUUGUGAGGAGAGAGAUGAACUAAAGUUACUCUUGUAAACAACACAGGAUACCACAGGCCCUCAGUGAUUGGUCCCACACAUCAUCAUGGCUGCGGCCAACACUACCAAGACCUCCUGGAGACUCCAGGAGAUGGUAGCCCACAGUAGUGAUGUGUCAUCCCUGGCGCUGGGGAAGACCUCGGGACGCCUGCUUGCCACAGGUGGAGAGGACUGCAGAGUCAACAUCUGGGCUGUCAACAAACCCAACUGCAUCAUGAGUUUGACAGGCCACACCAACUCAGUGGAGUGCAUCCAGUUCAGCAGCUCUGAGGAGCAAGUGGUGGCAGGGUCCCAGUCUGGAUCUCUGCGUGUGUGGGACCUGGAAGCAGCAAAAAUCUUGCGCACUCUGAUGGGACACAAGGCUAACAUCUGCAGUCUGGACUUCCACCCGUUUGGAGAGUACCUGGCCUCUGGGUCCGUGGACACUAAUAUAAAGCUAUGGGAUGUGAGGAGAAAAGGUUGUGUGUUCAGAUAUAAGGGUCACACUCAGGCUGUUCGUUGUCUGGCCUUCAGCCCUGAUGGGAAGUGGCUUGCAUCGGCCAGUGACGAUAGCACCAUAAAGCUGUGGGACCUGACAGCAGGUAAAAUGAUCACAGAGUUCACCUCACACACAGCAGCAGUCAACAUUGUUCAGUUUCACCCUAAUGAGUAUCUACUAGCCUCAGGUAGUGCAGACAGGACCAUUAAACUGUGGGAUCUGGAAAAAUUCAAGAUGAUCGGCUCAUCAGAGGGAGAAACUGGAGCAGUCAGGUGUGUAGCAUUCAGCCCUGAUGGGGGCUGUCUGUUCAGCGGCUCUGUGGACACGCUGCGUGUGUACGGUUGGGAGCCUGACCGCUGCUUUGAUGUGGUGCCAGUGGGCUGGGGCAAGGUGGCAGACCUCGCCAUCUGCAACAACCAGCUGAUUGGAGUGUCAAGCAGUCUUUGCACAGUGAGCUCAUAUGUGGUGGAUCUGAACCGCGUCAAGCGCUCUGGCUCUGUGAUCCAGGGGGUGAUCCAGGAUGACAAGCCGCUAGCAGAGCCACCAACCAAAGGAGCAACGAUCCGGCGCAACUAUGAGCGCCCCAUCACCUCCUGCACCGGACAGAGGAUGAAGCAGAACUCAGAGUCGGACAGGCGGAGUCCAGAGGGCGAGAGGCGGAGCCCCAGCAGUGAGGAUGAGCGAGAGGAGAAGGAGAGCAGCGCUGAGAUCACCAACCCAGACGACUACAAAGAGAUCUUCGCGCCACGCAGCGCUAUCUCUCGGACUCCUCCCAAAAGAACUGAACCUUUCCUACCCCCACCAGACGAUGCUGAAAGUUUCCCAGUGAAGCCCAAUCACAUCGACAUUGUGACCCCCAUAUCAGACAGAGCAGCGCCUUUUAACCUGAAACUACAGCCCAUUGCGACCUCCACGCCUGUGCUGAGGGUGGAGCCAACCAUAGUAGCCACUGCCCCACGCUCUGCUCCAGUGGUGACAUCAUCAGUCGCCUCCGCCAACCGGCCCACUGUUACCACGGCGAAGACGAAGCAGCAGCCAGCCAUAAUCAUGUCCUCACGGAACAAACCAAUUGGACUCAACGUGGCAGACUUUCUACCGCCUGGAGGAAUGACAGACGAGGAGGCUUUGGCUCAGAUCAAGAAAGGCCACGACACCAUGUGUGUGAUGUUGACCAGCCGCUGCAAGAACCUGAACACUGUACGAGCUGUGUGGGCCAAUGGAGAUGUCAAGACGUCCCUCGACUCUGCUGUGUCCAUAAAGGAUCUCUCGAUAGUGGUGGACAUUCUCAACAUAGUCAACCUCAAACCGUCGCUAUGGAAACUGGACCUGUGCACAUCCAUCCUGCCUCAGAUUGAAGUGCUGCUGCAAAGCAAGUAUGAGAGUUAUGUGCAGACGGGAUGUGUCUCUCUGAAGCUCAUUCUGAAGCGCUUCUGGCCACUGAUCACAGAUACACUCACAGCACCUCCUUCUGUAGGAGUGGACAUCACACGGGAGGAAAGGCGUCAGAAGUGUAAGACUUGCUACAAGCAGCUGCUGAACCUCCACAAAGUGGUGAAGAAUCAAGCCAAGCAAGUGGGUCGCCAUGGCAGCACUUUUUCAGAGCUCCAACUUUUGAUGGCUCCUCUGGACAACUGACACACACACCCACAUACAGACACACAGACAUACACACACACAGUAUUUCUGGACACUAAGUGUAUACCUUUCCACAUUCCCUUUCUUCAUGGCUUUCACACAUAAACACUUACGGCCUAAAUAUGGCUGAGUUUUUAAAAGCCCAUAGUGGGCAUAGACUUGGGAGUGGCACAUCAUUGCACUGCACUUAACAGAGUUUGUGAGGUGAGUGAGUGAGUGAGAGAGAGUGUGUGUGUGUUUGUGAGAGUGUCUACAGUUCUAGUUGACCUUAAGAGAGGGUGAUAUCCUUUUCAGCACACAUACACACACACACACACACUGGCCUUAUGGCAGUUGUGAUUGUCUUGUAAUGACUACAGUGGUACGAAUGGGACUAACUCUGACUGUUUUGUUGGAAUGUUUCUUUUAUGUCUGAUUACAACUUGAUUUCUGUUUCUCUCUUUUCUACUUUUCACUAAUGAGGAGAAUUUAUUGUAAGAAAACAAAAAAAUAAAUAAAUCGUUUUUUGAAAAAAAAACGUUUGUCCAGUUUACAGAAUCGUACUUCUUGUUAAUGCGUUGGCCUGCAGUGCAAAGCUGAGCGUAGUAUUCCACGUCACUUAGCGGUCGCAACCACAACUUAGGCCCCCGAAUCCACAAACAGCCCCAGUCACCACUACAGCAAUCCCAGGAGUCUCCUCUCCAGACCACUCAAAAGCAUUUCCAUCCCCGCUUCCAACGGCGCUACAACACGAGACACAAACAGAGACAGUUUGUGAAAGUGAAACGUCCCGAGCGACGCCAGCGGCAGCACGGAGCGAGAGCGGGAGCUUUAAACCUUUCACUGUAUCGCCAGUCACACAGACCACCACACCACCAUGCUGUAAAAAUCAAAAAUAGCAUUUAUUGUCUUUACAAUACACAUACAAUCAUGUAAUACAUCGUUAUGUACACAAUGUCAUGUGUAACACAGACAGUUAUUUGAUUUAUCUUGGGAGAGGGAGAAGCCAGUGGAAGAGGGGACCUGGACUACUCCAUAGACUAUGAGUUCACAGCUUGGAAUUAAUGUAUGAAUUUGCCUUGUAUGAGCGCCUCAAGUGUCUUCCCUUCCAAAUCCAACCGAAAGUUGUAUUUAGUUUUUGACCUGCUCUGUUCAAAGUGAAUCAUUGGGAAACUUGACAUACUCCACCUCAGUGUGGAAUCUCUGUGGUCCAAUCAGAGAUGAGCCAUUGGUGGCGGGGGCCGG